AGGUCAAUGUCACAAAUGAAGUUUAAAUCUCAAAUUUGUCCUUCAUAUUUCGUAUCCAGAGAAUAAUUUAAUAACUAUUAGGUAAAUGGCAAUGAGACGAUGCGCACAGUGCAUGACACUGGUCUGUAGGUCAAAAGUCAAGGUCACAGCAAGGACAAAUAUGUCCGUCAUAUUUUAUGUCUUUGGCAUAACUUGAUAACCAUUCAAGGUAUUGACUUCAAAUUGUGCAUUUAGGCAGGUGUUGAUAACAUCAUGUUCAGACCGCAUUAAGUUGAUUGUUUGGUGAAAGGUCAAAGGUAGGGAAUUGCGUUUUUGCCCUUUAUAUUUUAUGUCUGGAGCUUUAAAAGUAUUCAGGGCGUUGGCUUAGAAUAUAAGAAGGUGGUGAUGAGAUGAUUAAAGGUAAGUGCAAAAAUCUAAAUUACUUCCGUCCCAACCGGACCUCGAAACAUUACCUCCUCCCCACCCAUCCACUCCCGCCACAAGAUACAAACUCGCAAUUAUUCUUGUGCCUUUAUAAGGUUGAUACUAAAGAUCAUGGUUAAAGAUCAUCAAAUCUGUCCGUCAGUAUUUAUCUGAAUAUCUAAUAAAUGUAUUCAUUUUUUCAACCCCGCGAAAACACAGGUGGCAAUCAGCCGAUUCAAGGAGUUCAACGGUUCGCAUAACUCCGACAGCCACAUAAUUAACCCCUAUGUCCUCACCCUCCUGCGUUUUUUCUUGAUCAAAUGUUGAAAAAGAAAUCUAACUUUAAUUUUCAGUCUACUCCAGGUAGAAGCAUCCCGACAGACUUUCUAUUUUAUUUUAGAUCAUAUGGAAGAGAGCCCAUAAUUGGUCCACAGAAGUAAAUGAGAUGACAAAAGAUAUGGAGACAGUUUCGAACAGUUUAGAAAAAGUGAUGAGCCCAAAGGAGAGGGAUGAAUCUGAACGACAGGAACAAAUAUCUGUAGAACAAGAGACUAUAUCAGUUUUCACAUCGAUGGCAGUGGGCAGGGUAGAUUCUGGCUGUGCUACGGAGCGUGCAAUCAGUCGGGUUGUUCUUGGUGGUCCUGUGGUAUAUGCUGCUGCAGCGAGCUUUACGAAAAUAAAAGUACUUACAUAUAGUUUUCCGGCAAAGGUACGGGAUUAUAUCAACUCAAUCAUAAAUGACAUUCCGGCAAUAAAUUUUAAACUAAAACGUAGCCCCUUGAAACAGAAAUGUACCUAUUAAAACUACCGACGAUGCAUACUAUAGGUACAUUGCAGUAAUUCAGAAGUUGAUUUUUUGCCAUUUACAUGCCAACAAUGAAAUGAGUUAUAAUACAGUUCUACCAUAAAUCUGUUAUUCUUUCAACUAAAAAAACUCUGCUACAGAUCUGAAAAGAGGAAGAAUUCAUAUGAUUCUAAUUACAAAUGAUCAAUAGAAAUCCGCCUGUGCCGGAGGGUAGCACAUCCCCAAGGCCGUUGAAGUAUACAAUAUGCGAUACCAUAGGUUUGGAAAACGACCAUUUAAUGACAAUGGGAAUAAUGGACUACAUACUUGAAGGAAAUAAUGCAGACAGAGUUGCAUAUGGUCUAAGUAGAAGCAAUCCAAGAGACGUAUCAUUCAUCAAAUGCUACAAAAACAUUGAUGAGAAAACCCACUGUGUUGCUGUUGUGUUAGAUGCACCUGACGACAGUUUGAGUGAUUCAGCACCUACAUAUUUCUUCAAGACCUUAAAUAUAGUCUACAGAGUCACGACAGAGAGGAAGCCAUUCAAAGAACUAGAAAUUUGGAUCAAUGCUCAACCAAUACAAGUAGAUAUGAAGGGGGAAUCAGAUGAUAAAUAUUUGUCAGUGAAAAGCUGCAACAGCAAAGCACCAGCGAACAGUUCAAGUUUUUCAGAAGAAGAGACAAUCAUCUUUGAGAAUGAUUUAUCAGAAAAUGAAAGCAAUGAAAGCGAAAUUAACUAUAAAGAGACUACAACGAGUACAUUGAAAAGGACAAGAUUAGCAAAACAGAAACAUACCAACAUUGCCAGACAUUCAGAAGACAGUUCACCAUCGUAUCCAAAGACUACUGAAGAAAUGAACAUAGAAGAACAUGCAUGUGGCCAUAUGUCAUAUGGUAAGAGACAAUGCGGAAAAGGGGACAGAAAUUUAGACGGACAAGUGUCGGAGAGAGAAGGGUCCAACAAUAAGACCCUUAGCUGCUAUAGUCAAAUGGACGAAAAUACCGUUGCAAUAACCAAGCUACAAUUUCGUGAUGAAGAGCGCGAAGAUAUAGAGUUAAAUUCUACUGGAUUUAUAUCUGUGAAGAGCUGCAGCAGUACCGCAUCGGCGAACAGUACAAGUUUCUUAGGCUUCUUAGACGAAGAGACAAUCAUCUUUGAGAAUGAUCUAUCAGAUGGAGCCGACAAAAGAUCUGAUAGCGCAUCAUGCAGUGUGUUCAAAGAAAGCGAAAUGAACAAUAAAGGGACUACAAAGAGUACGUUGAAAAGGAGAAGUUGCACAAAGCAGAAACAAACUUACAUUAUCAGACAUUCAGAAGACUGUUCGCCAUUGUAUCCGAAGACUAGUGAAGAAGUGAACAUAAAAGAACAUGCAUGUGGCCAUAUGUCAUAUGGUAAGAGACAAUGCGGAAAAGAAGACAGACAUUUAUACGGAGUGUCGGAUAGACAAGGGUUUAACAAUGAGUCCCGUAGCUGCUAUAGUCAAAUGGACAAAAAUACCGCUGCAGUAACCAAGCUACAAUUUUGUGAUGAAGAGUGCGAAGAUAUAAAGUCAAAUUCUACUGGAUUUAUAUCUGUGAAGAGCUGCAGAAGUACAGCACCGACGAACAGUUUGAGUUCCUCAGAUGAAGUGAGCAUCAUCUUUGAGAAUGAUCUAUCAGAAAGAGCCGACAGACGCACUGGUAGUGUUUUAUGCAGUUUAUUCAAAGAAAGCAGUGAAAACGAAAUGAACAAUAAAAAGACUACCAAACGUACGUUUAAAAGGACAAGAUGCACACACCCGCUAUAUACUAACAUUGUCAGACAUUCAGAAGACAGUUCACUUUCAUAUUCGAAGAUUAGUGAAGAAGCGAGCAUGGAAGAACAAAUAUUUAUGCACAUGUCACGUGAGAGACAAAACGAAAAAGGGGACAGAACUUUAUACGAACUAGUGUCGAAGAGACGAGGACACAACAAUAGUAAACCUGGCUGUUAUAGUCAAUGGAAAGAAAAUUGUUCUGCGAUAGUCAAACCGCAACUUCGCCGUAAAGAUCACGAAGAUAUGGAGUCAAAUUCUACUGGAUUUAUAUCUGUGAAUAGCUACAACAGCAAAGAUGGCAGUAUCACAAACGCAGAAUUACUUGAUACGGAUGGACAAGCCGGCAUGGAUAGGUUUGACGGUCCGGGUAUUGGAAAUCAAGAAAAUGCAAAAAAUGUAUACAUAAGAAAUGAAACAACGAAUAUUUCUGAAACUCAAGCAAAGAAUUCAUUAGAAUAUAUGCCAGACCCAAUAACUAAGGUUGAUCAAUGGCUAAAAGAACAAACGACAAAAUGUUGUAAAAUGACAGCUGAGAAUGCAUUUGAUGACAGCAUUGAUACUAAAAAGAGUCAUUAUUUAGAUAAAUUAGGACACCGUGACAAAUUUGUCACAAAUGAAUCUCGGAAAGAGUCUCUCGCUAGACAUGAACAUUUUAUUGACAAGUCACAUAAGUGUAAUUUGAUUACAGUGUGUGCUGAAUCAUUUGAAAACGAAAAGGGGCAAUUUUCAGACGUCACCAAUGCUUUCCCUCCAUUACCAGAUCAUACCCACCGAGACGUGCACGUCGUGAUCUAGGCACAGGGCAGAAGAUGAUAGCAGCUUACUUUUACAGCUGUUAGCGUGUUUUGUCCUGACAAACAUCGGUGUAAAUAGAGAACGUAUCAUGAAGAGUCGGUUUAAUGUAGUCUGUCUGGAAGUUGCCCUUGUUUCCAAAUGUAUACAUCUUUAAAAUGUAUAAGCCUUAUAGGUUUGGAAAUGCAAUAUAUUUAUUAUUAUUGAUUUAUAUUGAUAUCAUAUUUAUUGUUAACACAAAUUAAUAUUGUUUGAUUACUGCGCAUUCGAUCUUUUGAAUCUAUAGUUCUGCAUAUUAGUACAAUUAUUUUGCUUUAUUUCGCAAAUAUGUAUUUUUCUGAAAAUUAGCAUACCCAGUCUUUUAAAAUCCAUCGAAAAUAGUUUCAUAAUCCUUAUUUUAGUGGCCAUCUUAGUUUUAAAAUGGCCGCCUCAAAUUAUGAUAUUUUCAAUAUUCUUAUCAAUCAAAUUUCUCUUAAAUGUACAGUAUGCGUUUUUAUUUACUUAAUUGCUAGAUUAUAAAUAUGUUCAAAUGGAAUGUUAAAUUUUAUCUUUUGGCUUUAAAAUGCUUACAGGAGGUUUAAUCUCCUGUAACGUUACAAUUUGAGUAUUAUUUGUUACUUCUUAAAGCACUUACAUGAUAUGAACAAAGAAAAUUCUUUAAAAAAACGCUGCAAACAUAAUGUAUGUUUUAUAAAGGAUAUCUAUAAAGACAAAAUAAAAAGAGGUAAAAAGAUAAAAUAUGUUUAAGCUUCAGGCAUCAUAAUAUUGAAAAUAUUCAAUUGUCGGUGAAUUGAUUGCAUUUAAUAUGAAAUAAGGCAAAGCCUCAAAGCGAGCUCAAAGAAAUCAGAUUUAGCUAAAAAUGUUAUGCCUCAUUUAUUAGUCACACAGAAACUAUUCCCUACUCACAAGAAUUCAGGAGAACCCAUUCACUUGAAAAAGUCUACAUUUAGUGUCACCAUACCUGUAACAGUGAAUAUCAUACGUUGCAAAAAUUAUGGGAAGCCGGUGUCACGGUGACGUCAUUACCGCGUUCCCGUUUCUUUCUGCUUAUUAAUGACAUUUUUACCAUUUUCUGGCCGAUGCUUGAUCUUUUAAAUGAAAAUAAUAUUUGUUUCAAACAACUGGAAAGCGCACUCUUUCAUUAUUGUUAAUGAUGAAUAUUUUUUAGCAAUUGAAUGAAGUUCUGUAUUCACUCCGGAAAGAAGUACUUCCUGUGAGCACCUAUCCGUUAGGGUGCGCUUUUUAAGAACUUCCGACGAAACUUUUUAAAUCCAUCACCAAGUGUGGAAGUAUACUUGCGUUACCGUAAAGCUCGAUUCUCGAGCAGGCCCUUCGGGCCUGCUCUUCGAGCUCGCUAUUACUUAAGAAAGUCUGUGUGUUAUCAUAAGUAUCUAUCUACUGGGUUUGAUAAAAAAGGAGAUAACUUUUAAAAUGCGACAGAUAUAUCCAGUUGUUUUAGAAUGAAUAUUCAUAUUGUUUUAUUCUAAAACUGUAACUUGCAUAAAAUAAAUAGGAAAUACAGUAUUUAACUAAAUAAAUCAACUGCAGUUGUGUUAUACACUAUAUUUUAUUCUAAAACUAUAACCUACAUAAGAUAAAUAAGAAGUACAAUGAAGUAAAUUUGAGAUACAUAAUUUUAUCAUUAUUACAUAACUGUGCAUUUUUAGUGUGAUGGCUUACAUAACGACCUGAACAUGGCUCGAAUCCAAAAAGACUACGGUCUAGUGAUUUGAUAUUAACAAUCUUAAUAACUUGGUAACGGAAGAACCUUGAUAGUUCUACUAGAUGGCUAUUUAGAUUGUCAAAAAUGAAACAGCAAUGCAACAUGAAUUGAAUAUUUAUCGUUUUACAUAUCUCAGCUAUAUAAUGUAAUAUUAAAUGAGUGAAAUUAUUAAAGACCUACUUCAGAAAUAAGAUUCUAUCAGUUUACAAGGAUGUUUUUCCAGUUCCUACUAAGUUAUAAAUUAUUUAUAUUUAUCACACGUUUGACGUCGCGGGAGUGUAAUAAAGCCAUUAAAUAAAAAUGAUAAUACACUAGUAUAAUAAAGCUUUUACGUCGACGUCAUUUAUUGUGUAGGAAACGUUGGUUAAAUUCACAUUUUUAUGUAGUAAAAGAAAGUAGACCUUUUGGUGUUUUGUCGGAAAAGACUAACAUGUGAUAGAAAGAAUAUUAUAUUUGUGACUUUCCGCAUUGAAUUUAUUAAACUCGUUGAAUAAAAUUGAUAAAACGCUCGGCAGCCUUUAUUAUUUCAUUCAACUCGUUUAAUAAAUACAAGAUGAAAAGACACUCAUGUAAAAUCCUCUAUAUAUCAGGUAUCAAUCAAAAGGAUAGCAACGUUCUUUCAAAAUGUUUAAAAAGUUCAACAUUAACUUGACCGAGAUGAAUGAAAAUAGACAAAUGGUUGAAAUUUUCGGAGAAUAGUGUGAAGUAACAAUGUAAGGCUAGGUAGUGCUCAGCUUGAGCUAUUUCUAUAUUUAUACUUAUAAACUUUUAUAGGGAUUUUAUUUCCUAACUUAAGUAAUCUUAUACUGAGGACAUUGAGAUGCAGUUGUUUAACAUUCUUGGUACCACAAGAGGUCAAGGAAUCCAUAGCACUUUUAUUUUUGUUCUGCAGCAUUUUCUUUUGUAUAUUCAACUAUUGUU